UCACAAUCCAUUGUUAGGAUAUAUGAUAACAAAUUUGCCAUUACCUCACAGCUUGUCCUAAUAGUUGGUUUGCGGGCAUUGGAGAAUGGACAAUUUUUGUCAUUUUGCCCAAACUCCAAAGUAAAUAACUGGAGACAAAAGCGGUGCAUGCAAUAGUGAAGGGUGACAAAAGGCCGUGGUAACUGGGAGGGGCAAAGCUAACUUGGGUGAGUUUACCAUUAUUAUUAUUAUCAUUAUAAUGAUGAAUAAUGGGAGGUGCAGGAGACAAGAGAAAGAAGCCACUGAUGGGGUUUUAUUUUUAUUUUAUUGUAUUUGUUUGGUUAAGGCAUGCACAGUAAUUAGAGAUAAUGAAAAGAAAGGUGUUUGAAGUGGACACAUACAUGUGAACAAUAAACCUAAAUUCCCCUGCUUCUCCCUCCAUAACUUCACUAUCCACGUUGCCAACCCAAUCCCCUAACGCAGGAUCCUGUCGCUUUCUUCCUUAACUGCUGUCUACAGCCCUACAAUAGAAGUGAGACUUUUGUCAUUACAACAGCAAAUCAUCAGUCGGUCAAAAACUGAAAUAAAAAGCCACACAUUCCCUCACACUCAGGCACAGGAUCCCAUAAUGGAAGAUGAAACAAUGAUCAUGGCUGCACUCUCUACCCUCACUCCUCCCCAACUUUCACACCUCACCCACUCCAUCCUUUCACAAACACUUCAUCAUCACCACUCCCUCUCCUCUCUUCUCUCCUCUCCCUCCUCCUUCUCCCUCACUCUCCACCACCUCCACUCUCUUUCACUCCCUCACAAAACCCUUCUCAUUGCUAAGCAUCUCCUCUCCUCCCUCCACCAACUCACACGUUUCUUCCCCUCACCAUCACAUCCCUCCGCCACCAUCAAGCACCGUGACCUUGACGCUGUAUUGCUCCUCCUUCUCCUCUGUGAUGUCCACCAACAUAAUCCUGAUUUACUUAGAACCCCGCGUGAUGAAUGGCGGGGAAUUUUGACCAAACGUUGCUCCGAUACCAUUUUAACGCACUCUGGUAUUGGGGUGCAUUAUGGUGGCGUCCUUUUACCUUAUGUUGAGAUGAUAACAAGGUGUUGGAAGUUCGUCGCUGCAAUGGGGGGUUGUGGAGAGAAGGAGGGGAGGGAGGUGGCAGCAGCACCAUCAGCCGUGGUGGCGCUGCCCACAGUGGAGGUGACAGGGGAUGUUACUGGGGAAUGUGCAAUAUGCAGGGAGGAGAUGAGAGAAGGGAGAGACGUGUGUGAGUUGCCAUGCCAACACUUGUUUCAUUGGAUGUGCAUUUUGCCGUGGCUAAAGAAGAGGAAUACCUGCCCGUGUUGCAGGUUUCAGCUUCCCACAGAAGAUGUGCUUGGGGAGAUCAAACGGCUAUGGAGUGUUCUCAUGAAGGCAGGGGGUGGGAGUGGGACCCUUACCCUGGCAGAAUCAUAGUGGCCUGUAUCCAAGACAAGAGGAGAAGGAGGAAGAAGAAGGGUGAGUAUGUAUGAUAUGAGGUAAACGUGUACCAUAGAGAACAAAUGGCGGUGAUGAAUAGAUUAGUUGAUGAUAGAGACACAUGUGGUUUGAGUUUAUAGAUUAGGAAUCUAAAUAAAUGAAUGAAUAGAGAUAUUUUUGGAAUUAUUGUUAGAAAGAUUUCAGGAACUGCAGUGUUAAUCUAUUAUAUAUAAAACUUUGUCAAUUAUUUCUUUGCUGCUCAAA